UUGGACCGAGUGGAUUGCACAAAGCAGAAGGAACGCCUUGAAAAAUCACUGGCACUCAGAGAUGGAGCCUUCCCGUACGAUGAACGAAAUCCCCCUGCCAGAAAGUCAACGAACUUACCAUCGGCUCUCCGAAUGCUGCAAAAAGGAGAUGAUAUGACUAAAGAUCACGAGUGUCGACCGUCGGCGACCACCACCGCAGCCCCAAAGAGACGGGGCUCAAUAGCCCCAUUCCAAUGCUUCGGACUUCGUCGCAUCCAAGUUACCCUCACCCGGACGGAAUGCUCUCAGGGUUUCUACGAGUGUACUCCGGAGCCUGGAGCUCCUGGGGACCAUGCAACGCCGUCUCUCAAGAACUGUGGGGAGGGCCUCGUGUACAACCCCUACCAUCAUGGUAUGCGACUCUGGCCAGCAUCUGCGCGCGUUAAUAGACCCCGAAUGCGCGAAUAUUACCACAACCGGCCCCACUCCACAACUACCGUCGGGCACGACCGCUCAUUCCGUAAUGUCACAGAGAAUGUGUUUCUGGCUGUUUUGGACGUGCCGGUGUCGAUGGUGGAGUGCGGGUUCGGUGCCCAUGUGGCUGUGGAUCGGAUAAGUUACAUGGGUUCCCCAUCAAAAGUGACUGCACCUGUUGAUGACGACGGAUAA